AGAAUUAGCGACCAGCAAUGGAUCCCUAUGCUGCUCAAACCUACCCUCCCCCAUCAUCAUCCCAAAUUCAACCUCAGAAUCAAGAUCAAUACCUCUACAAUCAACAAUACGAUCAAUCUCAACCUUAUCCGUAUUAUCCCCCAAUUGCACAACAGCAAUACCCUAAUCCUAAUCCUGUUUAUCAACAACACCCUGAACAAGAACCCGCCCCGAUUCAUCCUCCUGGUGUCCCCAUCCAGAACGACCCCUCUCAUAUGGCUGCCUACCAGCACGGCUACAACACCACCCAUUUCCAGAAUGACCCAUACUACCCACAACCCCAGCAACAACAGCAGUUGAGUUAUUCGGAUCCGGGUUUAGUGCAUCAGGGUCAGCAGCAAUGGCAGCAACAAGGGCAAACCGCUGAUUAUGGGCUUACUUCGUCGUACCCACCGAAUGGGCAAGCUCAAAAUAGUGGUUCUGGCAGAGGCGGAGGUAGAGGCUUUAGAGGGGGUGGCUCGUCUUUCCAUGGAAGGGGACGUGGCCGAGGGCGUGGUGGGAAAACCACUAUUGGUCAGCCGAAACCUCCAUGUAUGGCAUGGUGUGAACUCUGUCGAGUCGACUGCAACACUCUUGAGAUUCUUGAAAAUCAUAAGAACGGGAAAAAGCAUAAAAAGAACUUGAAAGUACAGGAAGAGUUGCAGAAACUUGCAGCAGCCAAAACACAAGAAACUCAAAUGGCCGCCCCUGAGAAACCGGAAAAUUCGGGUUUGACCAAAGUUGAAAGUCAGGUGGUGGAGUCUCAAGAACAAGGGAGUGGGUUAAAGAGAAAAAUGAGAGAUGGAGAAAGGAAAUCUGCUGAGCCUUCAAAGAAACCGAAAGAAAUCAUACCCUUUAUUUGUGAGCUUUGUGAUGUGAAGUGUGAAUCGGCUCCUACUUUUGACAGUCAUCUGAAAGGGAAAAAACAUGCUUUUAACCUUCAACGGUUUCAGGAACAACAAGCGAGUUUGGGACAAGCGGCUCUUCAGGCGCUUUAUCCGGCACUAGAGGCUCUUUAUCCAGCGCUUCUUCAAGCACUUUCUCAGACAAAUGCAAAUGCUUCCACAUCUGCUGCAAAUGGAGGACUUGAUCAACAAGUUCUUCAAUGGCUGCAAGCUUACUUGCCUCAAACCGGGCCUGCAGUUCUUCCACAAGGCCCUGAAUCAGCACGGCCUCCAACUUUUGAAGCCCAGGGUCCAAACCAAGAAGCUCCGAUUGAGGAGGGUGCGAACCAGGUGGAACCCACGGUCAAGACUGAAGACCAAGUGGAACCCAUGACCAAGACUGAAGAGAAGGUGGAACCCAUGACCAAGACUGAAGAGAAGGUGGAAGCCAUGACCAAGACUGAAGAGAAAGUGGAACCUGAAAGCAAGGCUGCGGAAACAAACCAGUGAGAUGGUAUUUCUUAGAUGUGGGUUUUUGGAUCUCUAAGCAGUUUAAUUUGGAGUUGUUUUUGUGUUUAGAUGUAUAUCACAUGUUGCAUGAUGCUGAUACUGUAGUCUUGAAUUUGAGU